GUUUUGAGGAUCCUCUUGCAUCGGCGUCGUCACUCACUCGGUCAAGCGGGGAAGGCGGAGGAGCGCAGGCAGCCUCGAGCGACGGAGAAGCGGCCAUGGUGAAGGGACGCCAGGGAGAGAGAGUCAGGCUCUACGUGAGAGGCACCGUCCUCGGGUACAAGAGGUCGAAGUCUAACCAGUACCCGAAUACGUCUUUGAUCCAAAUUGAGGGAGUCAACACCCAAGAGGAGGUAGCAUGGUACGCUGGUAAGCGCAUGGCCUACAUAUACAAGGCGAAGGUGAAGAAGAAUGGAUCGCACUAUCGAUGCAUUUGGGGGAAAGUUAUCAGGCCUCAUGGUAACAGCGGUGUCGUCCGUGCCAAGUUCAAGUCGAACUUGCCUCCCAAAUCCAUGGGAGCUAGGGUAAGGGUUUUCAUGUAUCCCAGCAACAUAUGAGCUUCUGGGUUCGGUUGGUCCCUUGUUGGCUUGAGAGAGGAUCUACUUUUUUGUUUUCUUUGAGAGCAAGCUUAGAUUAUUCUGUAGCAACACUGAAAAAACUUCUGCCAAUUGCCCGCGUUUGCUUAAAAUCUGCAAUCAGUACUUCUGUGAAUCAUGAGCCUACUUUUGGGAUUUGCUUUCCUCUUUC